AUGGCGAACCGAGGCUCGUGCGCGGCGGCGGCGGCGAUCUUGCUCAUGCCGCUGGGUUUCUUGGUGCUGUCCGUGCGUGGAGAGACGCUGCUAUCUGCGCCGCUGAACGUGACCAUACGCGAGAUCGAGGUGAAUUCGGCUGUGGUCACGUGGGAGAUCCUGGAGGGGGACCCCGUCAUCGGAUUCGCCAUUACACAGCAGAAGAAGGACGUGCGGAUGCUGCGCUUCAUCCAGGAAGUGAACACCACCACGCGCUCCUGUGCCCUGUGGGACCUGGACGAGGACACCGAGUACAUCGUGCACGUGCAGAGUGUCAGCAUGGGAGGCAGCAGCCCUCCCAGUGAACCCGUGCUCUUCCGGACGCCCAAGGAGUCCGAGAAACUGGCCUCGCAGAGUCCAGGUGAAGAGGACUUCGCACACGCGGCACAGCUCCGGGCCGGCGAGCUCAUCAUCAUCGUGGUGGUGCUGGUGAUGUGGGCAGGAGUGAUCGCCCUCUUCUGCCGUCAAUAUGACAUCAUCAAAGACAAUGAGCCCAACAACAACAAGGACAAAGCCAAGAACUCCUCAGAGUGCAGACUGUUCCUGAAACCAACCGAAAGCCAUCACCAAACCACCAUUGUCUUGACAAACUGCUACCAUCAACCCGACGGCGGACUCAACUCCAUGAAGUGA